ACCACCAGCGAGGAAUGGGACUAAUUCGUGAUUUAUAACUUGCUGUACCUGGUCCUGGUGAGCAGCUGUGAUGUUUGGCAUUGUCCAUAUAGCUUCCUUUUGAAUAUUAAUUUGAGGUUCAUUAGCAGGCUGGGGAAGACAGCAAGUGCUCCUGCAUCUAUGACAACACAGAUCUGAUCAUCUGUCCCAGUGACAGUAUUUUCUAUGGCUUUUAGUGUAGGAGUCACAAUGGGCAAUUCAGCAGCUCCUAGAAACUUCAUAAGUUAGAGCACAACUCCUGUUUUCACAACCAUUUCAAUACAUUCAUUUGGGCCGUUAGUAAGGUAGCAAAUGACCCAGCAGGUAUCUGCUAAUACUUCUGGAUCGCCAUGAUGCAGAAGACAAACUAAGGGGCCUUCUCAUUGGAACCAUCCACUCCACACACCUUCUGGAGCUCAGCAGGCCUCCGUGGAGGGCAGUGAGGCACAGGGCUCCCUCUUCAGAAUAUCACCAGGACCAGCCCUGGGAGCUCUUCCCUCUGCUUGCACAGAAACUUGCUCUUCAAGUGAGUUGUCAGCUUACACCUGGACCAAGCAUUUUGCUUGUCUUCCACCUCCUGAAAAUGAAGAAUUAUGAGAUCUCCAGUCUCUGGAGCGGAAAAGACCUACAUCUGGCAGUCUUAAAGUGUGUGAUUUAAAAUGUGGUAGAAGACUGCCUGGCUGACUUAGGCAGUGGAGCAGGCAACUCUUUACUUCCAGGUGAGAAAGAUCGAUGUUCCAGGAAGAUGCCCAUGGGUUUGUGUAUCUUCAGCACAUCGUUGCCCACUCUUGGGGAGGAAGCAAAGCCCCAUUGGUGAAGUGGGACUCAAGAGUACACCCUGAGCAGGAGAAUUUGAGUAAUAGCAUUAAAGUUAUCAAAGGAAUGAGGAACUAGAAUCCAGCAACAUGGAUCAGUCUGUGAGGUGCUGAACUGGAAGUGAUGUGAAGUUGGACUUGGGGUGGCUGGGUUUGGCCAUGGGUACCUGCUGAGACAGAGAAAAGGCACUUCACACUCAAAGAGCAGAAAAGACUUGAGAGACGAGAAGACCUAGAGUGAUUGCUGUGCUAUGCUGUGUAUGAUAAAAGUCCUUUCACCAAGCAUACCUUUGCCUUGACACUUGUGGACAGUCAGACCAUAAAAACACUGCUAAGGAGUGCUAAAGUGGCAAUGAAACAGCCUAACAGAAAGAGGAAGCUUAAUAUGGAUUCCAAAGAGCAUUUGAAUCAGGAUGGAUGCUUGGAGCAAGCUGAAGAAGAAAAGAAGCCCAUGGAUGAUGCAACCCCAUUGAGUCACGACCCGUCAGUGGCUGCACAGGAAGCAUGGUCUUGGGAGCAGUACUUGACAGAACAGAAGGCUAUAGCAGCACCUGUUGAACUGUUUUCCAAGGACCAAUCCUUUCCGGAGCACGAAAAUGGUUUCCAGGUCGGAAUGAGAUUAGAAGGCAUUGACCCCCGACAUCCAUCUGUAUUCUGUGUGCUUUCUGUAGCUGAGGUGUGUGGUUACCGCCUCAGACUUCACUUUGAUGGUUAUUUAAGCUGCUAUGAUUUUUGGACCAAUGCUGGUUCCCCUGACAUUCAUCCAAUAGGGUGGUGUGAGAAGACCAAACAUGAAUUGCAUAUCCCUAAGGGUUACAGAAAAGAUAAAUUUGUUUGGAUGGAUUACUUGAAGGCCUGCAAGUUACAGAAUGCUCCCAAGAAAUUAUUCAGAAACAGAAGUUCUAAUGGGCCAAUGCCUAAAGAAUUUCAGGUUGGAAUGAAGCUGGAGGCCAUCGACAGGAAGAACCCUUCCUUGGUGUGUGUGGCAACCAUAGCAGAUAUUGUUGAAGAUCGCUUACUAGUGCAUUUUGACAAUUGGGAUGAUAGUUACGAUUACUGGUGUGAUGUAAAUAGCCCUUAUGUCCAGCCAGUUGGUUGGUGUCAGGAGAAUGGAAGAACUCUGAUUGCACCCCAAGGUUAUCCUGAUCCAGAAAAUUUUUCCUGGACAGAAUAUCUGGAAGCUACUCAAACUAAUGCUGUUCCUGCCAAAGUUUUUAAAAUGCGGCCACCCCAUGGUUUUCUGCCGAGCAUGAGACUCGAAGCGGUGGACAGACGGAACCCCAGGCUAAUUCGCGUGGCUACGGUCAUAGAUGUGGAUGACCAGCGAGUAAAGGUACCUCCGUACUUCGAGGAGGGUGCUGCUGUCCAGGUGCAGGCCUGCCCCUCCAGCGAGGCUCUGGUUUCUUGGCACAGGGGGAGGAGAAAACUUGCACUAACGGUUCAUUUUGAUGGCUGGGACCACAAAUAUGACUAUUGGAUGGAUGCGGAUAGCCCUGACAUUCACCCAAUUGGAUGGUGUGAUGUAACAGGGCAUCCACUGGAAGUACCAUAUCGAGCAAAUGAUGUGAAAAUCCUUCCAGGUCAAGCUGUUUGUCCUACUCCAGGGUGCCGAGGAAUAGGCCAUAUCCGUGGUCCACGGUAUUCAGGACAUCACAGUGCUUUUGGCUGCCCGUAUUCAGACAUGAACUUGAAAAAGGAGGCAACUCUUCAUGACCGUCUGAGAGAACAAACACAGGCACAUUUGGAAUCUGACUCUUCACAUUCAAAAUCAAAGAACCUCUGCAGUUUGAGCUUCAAUGGAAAACAUGAAAAGGUGAAUAGUCAGCCCAGGCUUGUACAGCAGGCAAAGUGUUUGAAAAUCAAAGGAAAAGAAGAUAUUGACUUGGAUAAUCUCUUCAGAGAAUACUCGGCUGAGCAGACCCAGCAGGCUCUCCACCAGUCGGUCUUCAUGUCCUCUGUGUCAGCCCACCCUUUCCGGGACCUUCCCCUCGGCAGGGAGCAGCACUGCAAGCUGCUUCCAGGUGUGGCCAACAUCCAGGCAGGCGAGGUGGCCCGAUGGACAGUGGAGGAGGUGGCCGAAUUUGUACAGUCUCUUCUGGGCUGCGAAGAGCAUGCCAAGUGCUUCAAGAAAGAGCAGAUUGACGGCAAAGCCUUCCUACUUCUGACACAGACGGACAUCGUCAAGGUGAUGAAGAUCAAACUGGGUCCGGCACUGAAGAUUUAUAAUUCUAUCCUCAUGUUCAGGAAUUCCCAGGACCUCAGUGGAGAAGAUUCUCUGUCAGGCCAGGAAGCCAGAGGAUAAACACACACCCCGACCUACUGCAGCUCCAGGACCUUCCUCUUUCAGCAAUAAAACUGGCCCACACUAAUUUAAGUUUAAUGUCCCCAUGGUUAUAUCCGUGUUUAAUUUGGACCUUUGAAAAUGGCUGUGGUGUAGAUGUUUCGAGGGUACCAUGGACUGUCCUAGUGCCCACGAUGCAGAGGCCGGGGUGUGACUCGGGAACAUCAUUGUCUUCGGUGGGGCCCUUCCAGCUCUGAUGCGUUGCAACAAACAGACCAAAGAAGCCCUCACACACACCUUCAGUGGUUCUCCUUCACCAUUAACCAUUUUUCAAGCAUAAAACUCUCGAGUGGUAAAACAUUAAAAAAAAAAACAAUACUCACAAAUGCGUUGUUAGUGUUUCACCAGAACGUCUGAGCCAGGCUCAGACUUGCCAUCUGGGUGCAGUGAGUCUAAGAGAGGCCUGGUGUUUUAAAAAGACUUUAUGUGGGAUUUUUGGGUACUUUACUCAGGAAAGUGUGAAUCUUUAAAAUAAUAAUAAGCACAUGUUUUCAUGAUUCAUUAAUUCUCCUUUUUGUUCCAUUAAUCAUUUCUUGUUGGUGUCCCAGAGCCUCCUGGAAUGUGCCCAGGAGCACCAGGGGGACAGCCAGCAGAAGCUGGCCAGACCCUUCUGAGGCCCCUUCACCAGGGCCCUGAGGCUGCCUGCGGGAGCGUGGGGCAGGGGGCCCCCCUCCUGCCACCCCACAGGGGCUGGAGAGCCAGCCACCCACCUGCACUGAACCCCUCCCACCUCCACUCAGAGGAGGCCUCGGAGAACUGGCCCUGCGCCUCCCCCCCCCCCCCGCCAGCACAUGUAAUAAGGGACUGUGUUACAUCUUGAUAGAGGCGCACUAACAGGGAAGAUCUCUGAAGUAGGGAGCUUGGUAGCUGUGAUUUGAACAAUUCUGAUCUCUUGUCAGACCUUACUUGUUUUGUGUAAGUGACUGUACCUGACACUUCAGUGGAGUCAGCCCCAUGAUUCUGAAAGACCUGUUCAUACCUACUGUCGGAGCUGCACCGGCCCCCUGGAAGUAGAGACCAUUGUUCUCUGAUUCAUUAAGAAUCUUACGAUUGAAGGAAGUUGAUUCGGCCUGGAGAGAUUCUCAAACUGUAGGUCACU